AUGUCGUCGACAAGACCUGUAGAAAUGACCCCCGAUGAAAUCGAAAAGAGGCUUCAAGACUGUCCACCAGAUCUUAUCAGAUACGAUCGAUUACUGAGAGGUAGAUUACCUGUGAAAUAUGAAUUUGUAGACAGUGAGUGGAUCGGAAAACCUGGUAUCAAGUUAGAACGUUAUACAGAUGAAAAGAUUACUGCACUGGGUAGGGUAGUCAUACCCAUGUUGUCUUCAGGUUUUAGCAUAGAAGCAGAAAGAUGUGCAUCGAUUUUUGUUCUGGCUUAUCAUCUUAAAGCACCAGGUAGCAGAUUUAGAUCUUUUAUCUUCAACUCGGAUGAAAGUCUACAAGUGACGUCAGAUCAACAGUACAACAGCGACCCUUCAGAGAUGCUGAAGGCCGCAAGUCAUGUGAUCGCAGCAACAGGUGAUCCGACAAGAGAGGCAGCGGUGUACUCAUACAUUGCUGCGUCAUUGUUUCGACUGUUCACAAAACCAGCGUCUCAUUAUGUUCAGACAUGGUCUCGUUUUCUAAAUGGCUUUUCUAAGUUCUACGGAGAACCAAUGAGGGUGAUACUUCCUGUUCCAACUGUAGCUGCAGUUGGAAGUUUGAAAGAUCUAUUCUCUGUGGAUCGAAGUGCAAAAGUAAUGCUGUAUCGGUUUCUUUAUAUGAGUAAUUCAAAUGAAAGCCACAAGGGUUUCAAGACGUUUUUAUAUGAUAAUGUCCUUGAGAAUACUGGUAUGCACAUUCUAGGUAUCAUUGAGCAACUCGCCGAUGUUUUGAACUGUUCUCUGGGCUCAAUCAUCAUUACCAUGGAAAAAGGAAAAACGAAUGUGCAAAUGAAAAGUUUGCUUCAUGUGUUGAAAAUGAUGACUUCAAAUGAUGAGAAUCAUAAAAAGGAAUAUGUGGAGGUAUGGGAGGAUAUUCGAUGA